AUGUCGAGCGAGAAGGCACGCCCUACUGCGGCACCGCCCGCAAAGGAUAUCACAUCAGACAGCAUGGUAGAGGGACAGAACAGCGGGUGGAGGCUGCGCCUGCGCAAUCCCUGGGCAUGCUCGCUGUACACACUGAUCAUCACGGUGCUGGGCUUCACUGCGCUGUUUCUUAUGACGCAGUCGUUCCUGACGCGCCAGUUGGACACCAAAGGCUGCGAGAUGUCGUACAUGCGGCCCAUUUUCCACAAGUUCGACGACUUCGACACCGAACAUACGCGUUUUGCUAGCAAGUACUCGUUAUACUUGUAUCGAGAAGGCGGCAUUGAUGAAGACAGCAGAGUCAAGGGAGUGCCGGUCCUCUUCAUACCCGGAAAUGCCGGCAGCUACAAGCAAGUGCGGCCGCUUGGAGCUGAGGCAGCAUACCACUACCACAACGCUCUGAGACACGACGAGGUCGCCAACAGAGCCGGCAAGAGACCGCUCGACUUCUUCACGGUCGACUUCAACGAGGAUUUCACAGCAUUCCACGGUCAGACAUUGCUUGAUCAGGCCGAAUAUCUCAAUGACGCUAUCACAUUCAUCCUAUCUCUAUACCACACCCCGGGACGCUCUGCGCGCGACACGAAUCUGCCUGACCCCACUUCAGUCGUCAUACUUGGACACUCAAUGGGUGGCAUGGUAGCUCGGACUAUGCUCACAAUGCCCAAUUACCAGUCCAACUCGAUCAACACCAUAGUCACGCUCGCAGCGCCGCAUGCAAGGCCACCUGUGUCAUUCGACGGAGACAUUGUCCGACUCUACAAGGGCGUAAACGACUACUGGCGCCACGCCUACUCGCAAAAGUGGGCGAUCGACAACCCAUUGUGGCACGUUACCCUGAUUUCAAUCGCCGGUGGGGGUCUUGACACUGUAGUGUCUUCGGACUAUGCUAGCAUAGCGUCUCUGGUCCCAGAAACUCAUGGCUUCACAGUCUUCACUUCAUCGAUGCCCCAUGUAUGGACUGGUAUGGACCACUUAGCCAUCACAUGGUGUGACCAAGAGAGGAAGAGCGUAGUGCGCGCGCUGUACGACGUGAUCGAUGCCUCGAGAGCAACUCAGACUGUGCCCCGUGCCGAACGUAUGCGCGGGUUCAAGAAACAGUUUCUUACGGGCUUGGAGGACAUUGCUGAGAAGACGCUGCCGUACAAAGAGGCGAAAACUCUCCUCACUUUGGAAAAAGACAGUGCAGUUAUCUCACAGGGGGAGAAGUUGGUGCUGCGAAGCCUGGGCAAGUCACAGCAGAAGCCAAAAGCCUACUUGCUUCCUGUGCCAUCUCAGGACGAUCACUAUCAGAAGCAGUUCACGCUUUUGACAAACGAGAAGCUGGACGCACCUGGUGAGAACGGCAGGCUCGAGGUCUUGUUCUGCAGCGUCCACGCACACCAGACAGGGCAGUCGGCCGCGCUCUUCUCGAUGAAUAUGGAUCUUUCCGGUGACAGCUCUGGUGCUACUCGACUGGCAUGCAAGAACGCCGCAUCAGACGUCAUUCCGCUACCAGAGUCCACACGCCAGUCGACAACCCCCUUUAGUACCGAUCAACAUCCCUUUUCGUACCUGCAAUAUGAUCUUAAAGACCUGUCAGAGCAGCAAUUUGUUGCUGUUGUUGACAAGUCUGGCGAACGUAGCACUGGCUGGGUGGUUGCUGAGUUCAGCAACACGUCUGACUCCGUGUACAAGGUUGACAUGGGUCUGCAACGCCUUCUGACCACCGGCUUGAACUUCAGGCUCUCAGCUCGCCGACCUUUAACAAUGGACAUUAAGGUGCCAGCUUUGCAUUCGGCUUUGUUGGCGUACAAUGUUCACAUUGGGAAGCAAUCGUGCGACCGCGGAGAGCUAUUUGCACCGUUGCUGCGACAAUACAUCACUGAUGUUCAGGAAAGCAAGUUCUUCGUCAACGUCAAAGACGCAAACCUUAACCUGCAUGGUGUCUCACCAUACAUGCCACCCACUCUGUUUCCUAAACAGACAACGAGCGGAUUGUCGCUGCAGAUCUGGUCUGACUCAACCUGCGACAGCACUGUGGAGGUGAAUCUGAGAGUUGACAUCCUCGGAAGCAUGGGUAAGCUCUGGAUGCGCUACCGAAUUGUGUUUGCUGCGUUUCCUCUGUUGAUUGUUGCAUUGGUCAUCCGUCAACAAUUCAGGGUCUAUGACGAGACAGGCGUCUUCAUGAGCUUUUCCAAUGGCUUUAACGAAUGCCUUCGCACGUCCCUGCCACUCGCCAUGGCCGCUCUGACCUUCCUGUCGAUCGCUUUGGCUGGCGCACGUAACGAGAGCUUCAGGCACUGGCCGCUGCACGCUGUAGCUAGCAACACCACCGCACUGUUGGAUGACGCGAGUCACGAGCUCCUUCUCGGAACGGACGACGCUUUCUUCUGGUUCUUGGUGCCUCUCUUCGGUCUCAUGUGCAUUGGCAUCUGCGUUGCUCUGAACUACGUCGCGCUCCUUCUCACGUACAUUCUGGCCACAGUGUACGUCCUAGUCAACUCAUCAGCUCUUCGAAAUGAGGAAGGACAAAUAACCCCAGGAGCGUUUGCUGUCACCUCGACUCAACAGCGUACUAUUACGACAGUGGUCUUACUCACGCUUGUAUCGACGGUCAUACCCUACCAUUUCGCCUACAUGGUGCUCUGCUUGGUUCAGCUUGCCACUUGCAUUCGGGGAUUCAGACUGGCGAAGGAGACUUGUCUCGAUAUGAACUACAACUUCUACAACUACGCGCACUCUAUCCUCAUCUUGAUGAUUUGGAUCUUGCCGAUUAAUCUUCCGGUCCUUGUGGUCUGGGUAAGAAACCUCGCCGUCCAUUGGUGGACGCCAUUCUCAUCACAUCACAACAUCCUCUCGAUUAUGCCGUUCAUCUUCCUGGUCGAAACCCUCAGUACUGGUCGCAUGGUCCCCCGCGUGCAGUCACGCUACUCCUUCCUCACUAACAUCUUCCUGUUCUCAAUCGCCGCAUACGCUGCCGUCUACGGUGUCACCUACGCUUAUGUGCUUCACCAUCUCGCCAACAUACUCUGUGCUUGGCUGGUUGCUAUACACUUCGAUAUGCAAGACAUUACUGCCAAGAAAGCAUUCGGCAUGUUCAAGGCAGGGACACAGCAGCUGAACCCCGACACAAAGAAACGACCAUAA